CCGCCUCUUCCCCGCCGCGAAGCAGAGGCGUCCGAAGCGCGAGCCCCGCGGAGUGGACGACGGCCAGCGCCCGGGUUAGGACAGCGCGAUGCGGCCGUACGCGGCGGCAGGGCCCGCGAUGUGCGCCCUACUGGCGCUGCUGGCGCUGCUGGGGGCGCACGCGGCACCCGAAGAGAAGCGCGUUUGCCAAGGAACAAGCAACAAGCUCACCCAGUUGGGCACUUUUGAAGACCACUUCCUGAGCCUCCAGCGGAUGUUCAACAACUGCGAGGUGGUGCUGGGGAAUCUAGAGAUCACCUAUGUGCAGAGGAACUAUGACCUUUCCUUCCUGAAGACCAUCCAGGAGGUGGCCGGCUACGUGCUUGUUGCCCUCAACACGGUGGAGAGGAUCCCACUGGAGAACCUGCAGAUCGUGCGUGGAAACGUGCUCUAUGAGAACACCUAUGCUCUGGCCGUGCUGUCCAACUACGGCAGUGCCAACAGUGCCAACAGGACCGGGCUGCGGGAGCUGCCCCUGAGGAGCCUGCAGGAGAUCCUGCAUGGUGCCGUGCGCUUCAGCAACAACCCCGUGCUCUGCAGUGUGGACACCAUCCAGUGGCGGGACAUCGUGAACAACCUCUUCCUGAGCAACAUGUCGCUGGACUGGCAGAGCCCUCAGAGCGGCUGCCAAAAGUGUGAUCCGAGCUGUCCCAAUGGGAGCUGCUGGGGCCCGGGCGCGGAGAACUGCCAGAAACUGACCAAGAUCAUCUGUGCCCAGCAGUGCUCAGGGCGCUGUCGUGGCAAGUCUCCCAGCGACUGCUGCCACAACCAGUGUGCGGCUGGCUGCACUGGGCCGCGGGAGAGCGACUGUCUGGUCUGCCGCAGGUUCCGUGAUGAGGCCACAUGCAAGGACACCUGCCCGCCGCUCAUGCUGUACAACCCCACCACCUACCAGAUGGAUGUCAACCCCGAAGGGAAGUACAGCUUCGGCGCCACCUGCGUGAAGAAGUGUCCCCGGAACUACGUGGUGACUGACCAUGGCUCCUGUGUCCGGGCCUGCAGCUCCGACAGCUACGAGAUAGAGGAAGACGGUGUGCGCAAGUGCAAAAAAUGUGAAGGGCCCUGUCGCAAAGUUUGCAAUGGAAUAGGAAUUGGGGAGUUUAAAGACACACUUUCCAUAAACGCCACGAACAUCAAGCACUUCAGGAACUGCACAACCAUCAGUGGGGACCUGCAUAUCCUCCCAGUGGCAUUUCGGGGGGAUUCCUUCACGCGCACGCAGCCCCUGGAUCCCAAGGAGCUGGACAUCCUGAAGACCGUGAAGGAAAUCACAGGGUUCCUGCUGAUUCAGGCCUGGCCUGAGAACAGGACCAACCUCCACGCAUUUGAGAACCUGGAAAUCAUCCGUGGCCGGACAAAGCAACAUGGCCAGUUUUCUCUGGCUGUGGUUGGCCUGAACCUGACGUCCCUGGGUCUGCGCUCCCUGAAGGAGAUCAGCGACGGAGACGUGAUCGUCUCCGGGAACCGGCAUCUGUGCUACGCCAACACCAUCCACUGGAGAAAACUGUUUGGAACUGCCGGACAGAAAACCAAAAUUGUAAACAACAGGAAUGAAAGGGACUGCAAGGCUGAUGGUCACGUCUGCCACCCGCUGUGCUCCUCCGAGGGCUGCUGGGGCCCCGAGGCCCAGGACUGCGUCUCCUGCCAGAAUGUGAGCCGGGGCAGGGAGUGUGUGGCCAGGUGCAACAUCUUUGAGGGGGAGCCCAGAGAGUUCGUGGAGAAUUCUGAGUGCAUCCAGUGCCACCCGGAGUGCCUGCCCCAGGCCAUGAACGUGACCUGCACCGGCAGGGGCCCUGACAACUGUGUCCAGUGCGCCCACCACAUCGAUGGCCCCCACUGUGUCAAGACCUGCCCGGCCGGGGUCAUGGGAGAGAACAACACGCUGGUGUGGAAGUACGCGGAUGCUGGCCGGGUGUGCCGCCUGUGCCACCCCAACUGCACCUAUGGAUGUACCGGGCCAGGUCUGCAAGGCUGUGCAAUAGAAGGGACCAAGGUCCCAUCCAUUGCUACUGGGAUCGUGGGUGGCCUCUUCCUGCUGGUGCUGCUGGGCCUGGGCAUCGGCCUCCUCAUGAGGCGACGCCACAUUGUCCGCAAGCGCACGCUGCGCCGGCUGCUGCAGGAACGCGAGCUGGUGGAGCCCCUUACACCCAGCGGAGAAGCCCCUAACCAGGCCCUCCUGAGGAUCCUGAAGGAAACAGAAUUCAAGAAGAUCAAGGUGCUGGGCUCUGGAGCAUUCGGCACAGUCUACAAGGGACUCUGGAUCCCGGAAGGUGAGAAAGUGAAGAUUCCUGUGGCCAUCAAGGAGUUGCGAGAAGCCACAUCUCCGAAAGCCAACAAGGAAAUCCUGGAUGAAGCCUAUGUGAUGGCCAGCGUGGACAACCCCCAUGUGUGCCGCCUUCUGGGCAUCUGCCUGACGUCCACUGUGCAGCUGGUCACACAACUCAUGCCCUUUGGCUGCCUGCUGGACUAUGUGCGUGAGCACAAGGACAACAUCGGGUCCCAGCACCUGCUCAACUGGUGUGUGCAGAUCGCCAAGGGCAUGAACUACCUGGAGGACCGGCGCUUGGUGCACCGAGACCUGGCGGCCAGGAAUGUCCUGGUGAAGACACCACAGCACGUCAAGAUCACAGACUUUGGGCUGGCCAAGCUCCUGGGCGCGGAGGAGAAGGAGUACCAUGCUGAGGGUGGCAAGGUGCCCAUCAAAUGGAUGGCUUUGGAGUCAAUUUUACACCGGAUUUAUACCCACCAGAGUGAUGUCUGGAGCUACGGAGUCACCGUGUGGGAGCUGAUGACCUUCGGGUCCAAGCCCUAUGACGGGAUCCCUGCCAGUGAGAUCUCAUCCAUCCUAGAGAAAGGAGAGCGCUUGCCACAGCCGCCCAUCUGCACCAUCGACGUCUACAUGAUCAUGGUCAAAUGCUGGAUGAUAGAUGCAGAUAGCCGCCCAAAGUUCCGCGAGCUGAUCGUCGAGUUCUCCAAAAUGGCCCGAGACCCCCAGCGCUACCUUGUCAUUCAGGGGGAUGAGAGGAUGCAUUUGCCGAGCCCUACAGACUCCAAUUUCUACCGUGCCCUGAUGGACGAGGAGGACAUGGAGGAUAUCGUGGAUGCGGACGAGUAUCUCAUUCCACAGCAGAGCUUCUUCAGCAGCCCCUCCACCUCUCGGACGCCCCUCCUGAGCUCGCUGAGUGCAAACAGCAACAAUUCUACCGGAGCUUGUGUUCCUAGGAAUGGGAACUGCCCUGUCAGAAGUGAUGGUUUCCUGCAGCGCUACAGCUCAGACCCCACUGGCACCCUGACUGAGGACAACCUGGAUGAUGCCUUCCUCCCUGUGCCCGAAUACAUAAACCAGUCCUUCCCUAAAAGGCCUGCAGGCUCCGUGCAGAACCCCAUCUAUCACAAUCAGCCCCUGCACCCCGCUCCAGGCAGAGACCCACACUACCAGAACCCCCACAGCCAUGCCGUGGGCAACCCCGAAUAUCUCAACACCACGCAGUCCACUGGUGUCAGUGGCAGCUUUGACAGCCCUGGCCCCUGGACCCAGCAGGGCAACCACCAACUUAGCCUGGACAACCCCGACUACCAGCAGGACUUCUUUCCCAAGGAAGCCAAGCCCAACGGCAUCUUUAAGGGGCCCACAGCUGAAAACACAGAAUACCUUCGGGUGGCCCCGCCAAGCAGUGAGUUUAUUGGAGCAUAACAAUGGAGCACAGCCUCUGGAGUAGAAGUUCCAGCCUCUCCAGCAACCCAGGACCAAGCCUCGCAUCUGCUCCUCCCUGAGCCAUGCCCUGCUCGAGUGCAGACUGCAGACCAGGGGGUGGCUCUACAGACAGCUGCAUCGGCCCCCUCAGCCUGGAAGUGCUCUGCCUCGGAGGUGCUGGGGGAGCCAAAGGUACAUUCCUCGGUCUCCAAACUGUAAAGCUUUCACAUGCGCACUGGGCAAAAACGCUGGCCGUUUGAGUGGAAGUUUAUCUUUUGGUGAGAUACAUUAGAGAGAAUAAAGAUGCAUAGGAGUGUUACCAGUUGGGGAUCUUUGGGGUUUCUGGUUGCUGUGCUUGAUUUUGAGCUGAUGCGCACAUCCAAGGGGAAACCCAUGCGCUUGCAACCCUGGGUCAAUGCAGGCCCAGCUGUGACCGGGGAGCAUGGCCACCCCUGCAUUCCACUGGCCCUGCUGCAGACUGCCGAGGAAGGAAGGGUGCCCAAGGAGCCCUAGAUGUCCUCAGCAGGCCUCACACCGUGGCAGGCACACAGGAGAAGCCACUCAGUUCCUUCAGGGAGAAGAGGACCAGAGACAUAGGAUUCUCCCUCAGAUCCACAUUUGUAUCAAUGCCUCCCUGGUGUGACUACCGUUAGUGCACCAGUAUUUUCUGAUCAUUAGUAUUAGCCUUGACUAUUUUCCAUUCCGUUGUUUUGAAACUCAUGUACUUUGCCUGUCUUGACAUCAUGAAGUUGGCAAAAGCAGAGUACGGCCAAGAGAUUCCAUGUUUGCUCCAUCAAUGUUCAAACCAAUUGCCUAUAAUUAAGACAAUGAAAUUGCAAGAGUUUAUGUAAAACAUAAGUCAGGUUUCUUUCUUAUUUUUGGCAGCGUCAGGAACCGAAUCCAGCACUCUCACCACGCUGCUUCCCCUGCGCCUUUUUAUUUUUUAACUUGAGACAGGAUCUUGAUAAGAGCCUGGGCUGGGCUACAACUUGCUGUUCUCCUGCCUCAGCUUCCCAGAGUGCUGAGGUUACAAGUAUGCACCACAACACCCAAAGUUGAGUCUCAGAUGAAAAAUUUCAAGUCCUUGAGCAAAUUUCAUGAAAUUACAGAAAUGGUGCUUUGAAAACUCACUUUGCCUAUGCCCUUCUCCAGCUGCAAAGUUUUAGGCCACUCAUGGGAGACAGUCUUUUCGUUUUCCCACAACAUAUUUUGAUGGGCAGGUGUGCAUUCCUCAUUGGCAACUGGCCCAGGUCCCCUCUGUCCACUUGAUGAGAGAAAGUGUCAAUGCCUAAAGCCACCAGGCAAGAGCCGACGGUCUCGGUAGGAGCACUGCACCACUGUCCAUGAUUCUGAGAGAUUCAUGAUGUAACAAAGAAACGGGUGAAUAAUUACUAACUGUAGAACACUCUGAUGGGUGCAAGAGCAGAGCCACAGCCAGGCUGUGGGACACAGAGGGCAGGGGAUUCUCCUGGGGAGACUUGAGGCUCAGAAAGGAGAAGGGCCUCAGCCCCAGGGACUUGGCAAGUGUUAUCUCCCCAGGAAAGCAGAUCAUCCUGAGCCCCUGCUCCCUGAGUGCCACCUCCUAUUGGGAUGAAUUUUGGCUCUCACCCUGCAAAGUACUCAGGGAGGAAGCCAAGCACCUCUCAAAUCUGAGAUUUUAGGCAUGUCUGUAAACCUCUUUAUCAAUUCACUUCAGAAGGUAAUGAAAUGCUUUAGAGUCUGCACAGAGCUGGGAAGCAAGCAGAAGGCCUCAGAUUCGUCUCUCUCACUUUCAAGAAGCACAUGAGGCCGAGAGUGAGCUGCAAGACAGCCCAGCUGUGGCCAAGACACCCUAGUAAAUUUGUGCUUUGAAGUGCUCUCCUAUGCCAUGAUAAAAUAGUCAAGACUGUUCAAGCUUGCUUUUCUUUUCCUUUAUAUUUCAGUCUUCCUACCUAAAACUUCAUUGCUAUUAAAUUUAAGAUUGUGUUUUCUCAACUGUUCCCUCUACGUGUCCCCAAGGCAUGGGCUUGGGGGCUGAAGAACCCAGGCCUCCUCCAGGGACCAGGGCUACCCUUCCCGUGUUGCAGCCCUGACGGUUCCCUGCCACCCUUCUUCAUAAACAGCCAGUGCCCACUGCCUUCACAGGUGUCUGUCAUCUGUUCCUGUCAGUUCCCAGAGAAAGUCGGUUCACAUCCCCACUUCAAAGAAUAGAGUCAGAAGUGAACAUUUAUGCUGGACUACAAUCUUUACAUGAGUCUCAUGUUCUCCGAGGAGUCCUGAUCUUCAUACCCAGAAAAAUAUCACCUUGUGGUUUAAAAGAGUGCUGGACUUUUUACACUCAAAAUUUUCUGGGGCCAGGUUGCCUCUGCAAAAAUCUGCUAAGUGGAGCCUGGGAGGCUUCUACUGUACCCAGCCGAUGGGACCAAUGCCCCAAGUUUCUGGAAGCUCUUGUUUGUUCUGUCCCUAUCCCACGCCAACUGCUGCCAGCUGUGCACACCAGUUCUGGGCCAGUCUUCCUGGGUAGCACCCUUCCCACAGCCAAGAGGACUCUUGGUGGGAUGGGUUUUCUUGGGCUCAGCCUGGGCCAGGAUUUCACAGAACAUUCUGGAUUAUUCUGACGUGCUCCAAAGUGGCCAACAGCACAGUGUGAAGGAAAGGCCUGGCUGUUGGGCCUCCACCCAUGUCCUCCAAGUUAGCCUCUGGGUGGGGUGAGACCAACACCCCUCAUUGCUGCACAGAAGAACCCAGGAGCCUGAAAGUGGGGUCAGAGUCCCAUGGAGCAACUCCAUCAGCAGCUUGGGGGCUCCCCCAAAAGAGGUCCAGUAAUCCAUCCAGAACUGAUUCUGACAGGAGCCUGUGAGAAUCUGCACCUCAACCCGACUUGGCAUGAACCAGUGGGGUACGGCAGAGUUGCCCAGUGCCACACAGGCCCAUGGCUUGAGACUGGCCACAGCCAUCCUUCCCAGAGCCUGCAGCCCUUAUCUCUAGACAUUUACCCUGAAAAUGGCAAAUGUCCAAAUCUGAGCCUGGAUAAAGCCCUGGGACUGCAUUUUCUAAGAAGAGAGUUAUAAAAGCUGGUUUCCUCUGGCCUUGCCCUAGUGAAGGAGCUGCCCCCUCUCACCAGGCAGCUCUUGAAGUUGUCCUUAGUCUGCCCUUUGCAUUUCUUUCUCCUGAUAAGCAUACAUGUUUAUUAUAACAGUGGUCUGUUGUAAAACCCUAACUGAAGAAAGCCCUGCCCUUUUCCCAGCCACACCUACCUUAGUCCUUGGGCAAACAUCUUUGUACUGUUGAAGAACAUUCAGACAGGAUUUUUAAAUGCAGAUCUAUUUUUGUUACUUUUUGCAGGUUAUUGUCCUCUUUAUGUAGCACUGAAUUUGUAAAGUAUAUUUUUAGAAAACUAAUUUUUCUACUAUGGGAAACAGUUUACUUUAGAAAGACUGCAAUAGAAGUAAAAUUUGAAAUUGAAAUUUUGCUUACUAAAGUUAAGUUGAAGCAAGGGAAGUUUCUUUUCUCUUAGGAAAGAUACAAGUUCAUUGCAAAGCUGUGCUAGGUCACUGCCAUGUGAAUAGAAGAAAGUUUGUAAAAUUAAACAGGAGGAAACAGCACCCUAGCUUAGCAUUGGCCUGAGAUGGUUCUGCUAUCUGUCUGGGACAAUGUUAGUACAAAGGAGUCGCUGUAAGAAGGGGAACCCAAACGCAUGCUGUCCUCUGAUCCUUUGACAGUACAACCUUGUAAAUACAAGAAAAGCAAUAACAGCACUUUGUUGGUGUAUCUAUACUAAUCAGGUUGAAUGCAAAUUAGUUUGCUUUAUUUUUAUGUUUCCAAUUUGUAUUCAUUGACCAAUACAAACUAGAAGUAUCUGGAGACCUCAAUCAUGUUACAUAUGGAUGCAACUGCUGUGUGCAUGUCGGCUGACUCAGUCCAAGCUGACCGCGAGAGAGCAAACUCUGGGCUGGCUGCUGCUCAGUGCUCUGAGUUGUCCUCCAGGACCAGCUAUGUGCAUAGUCCUCAGGGAUAAGCCCAGGCUUCUGCCCUGAGUAAAGCUCUCCUGGCCACUGCAGCACUCAGCCAGUGUUGAGACCCCUCAGUCGGGGACCACCCAGGGUCCCUGGAGAGUGAGUGGCUCUCAGACUCUGAGAUGUCUGCCACAAAGUUAUCUGCACCAUGCCUGGGCAUCAGGAAGCUGAGCAGAGCUCCCAAGUGCAGGAGGGAAGAGUGACUCUCCACAGAUGGAAAGCAGGGAAGACCAAGACAACCUCUGCUGGGCAUUUCCUAUGCUCCCUCUGUGUACUAAACGUGCACUGUCAGUGAAAGGAAGCCAGUGGGCACUCCUGCUGCUGGUACAACCCAUAUUACUGCUGUCCCUCUAGCAGCCUGUAACCUUUAUCGCCCAAGGUGAAAGAAAACCUCUAUCUGUCAGUUAUGAAGGGCAGACUUCAAAGAUUGAUAAAUAGUUGUGUGGCUUUUGUAGAACAAAAAUCUUCUUGUAUUGAGAAAUAUUUUUUGUACUUUGGUCAUAAACUGUACCUUGACUAAAAACAGAAGCCACUAAUGCAGUUUUCCUUCCAUAUGCAAAAGCAGAAUCCCGAGUCACUAGGGACCCCCCACACCUCCCACUGCAGACAAAAUACAAGAGAAAACUUAAAUGCUACAUUUUUAGAGUCAUUUACUUAUUUAAAAAAAAAAAAACUAUUGAUGUGAUUUGACUAUGAAGUAAUCUUGUGGUAUAAGAUAAUCUCUUACAAAUAAAGAGAUCCUGUGGGUCUAAUGACUGGUAUUAGAGAUGAUUGGUGAUUAACACGGACAGCAAUAACUGUAUGUAAGCAACAUUCAAGCAAUAGUUUUGUAGCUUCCUGAUGUAAUGCAUUUUAACCUUGUAAAGUUUUGCAAUGAUGAAUGCAGUAUUUGUACAAAUAGAAGGCAAGAUUCUCUUUUAUAUGGUUUAUACUAUUGAUCAGAACAUGUUGACUGUAUAUUGAGUGUUAAAAAAUUAGGUGUAUGUUAUUCAUUGUUCUUUAUCCCUAAGUACCUUCCAAUAACAUUGUAUUCUUUGUUAACA